UACAAUUAUUGGUUAUGUUCACGAUUAAAGUAUAAACAUGUUUGAUAGCAAUCAUGAUUAUGAUAUUUACCAUUACCAGAAAUUUAAACAAAUAUCCAUUUUUCGAAUUCCAAGUGCCGACAACGAAUUUAAGAUGAGUGGAAAAGAAGCUGCUUCAGCUCCAGAAAAAAAGAAAAAGGAGAGUAUUUUAGAUUUAACAAGGUACUUGGAAAAAGCAAUUAGGGUUAAGUUUUCUGGAGGUCGAGAAGUAUCUGGUAUUUUGAAAGGAUUUGAUCCAUUAGUAAAUCUCGUAUUGGAUAAUACUCUAGAGUAUUUACGAGAUCCUGAUGAACCUAUGAAACUAACGGAAGAUACAAGAACAUUAGGUUUGGUUGUAUGUCGAGGCACAUCAAUCGUACUAAUUUGUCCUGUUGAUGGUAUGGAAGCAAUUGCCAAUCCUUUUGUGCAACAAGACUAGAUGUUUAAACUAUAUUUAAUGAUUAACUAAUAAUAAUUAUAUAGCUAGGUUUUUUGAGCAUUCAUCAAGUGUUCAUGGAACUUAGCCUUUAGUUUAAGCCCUUUUGUUUGAUCGAUUUCCAUCAUGUUUUUCUAAAUUUAAUUUUUUAUAUUACAAAUAAAAAUAUCAAUGAAAGAUACAUAACAAUAAACUUAAAUAUUUUAUUUCUGUAAAUUAAAUAUAAACUCAUCUUUAAAAACACUGUUUAUACCAUUCAUUAAUUUUUAAACCUAAACAAUAAAUAGGUGUCUUAUAUUAUAUGAAUAUCUGUUUAUUUAAAAAUUCAACUUUUCGUUSAUUAAUUAAUAAUAUGUUAAUUGUACAUACAAUGGAUCAUGAUUAUGUAUAGAAAAAUAAACAGUUUUGUAUGAUA